AUGAACAAGGCCAUUAUCCCGAAUCCGGAGAAUCAGAUCUUUCAGAAGGCGGCCAACUUCGCAGGAUGGUUUGUGCCAGGUAGCGCAGGUAUCGGCCUCAUGGCAGGUCAGAUAGGUGUGGGUAUUGGUGCGGCUUUUGGACAUGCAUCCAUGGUCGCCAAAACACUGUCGAAGGCCAACUUGGAGCUCUUUAUCCCCAAAGGUCUCGAGAUAUGCAUUGGACACACAAAAGAUCUCAACAACGAGACUGGCGUCUCGGCGUCUUCCGGGGGAUUCAGGGGCAGCAAUGAUCCCGAGACUCGGCUGGCAGAGUACGGCAACUCAGUCGCGCCUCUGUCGGUGGUCUAUCCACGCCAGCAAAACAUUGGCCGACAGGACCCUAUCGCCAUGCUCGCCCGCGGAAUCGGCAGCCGUGACAACCAGAAGAAGAUUGGCAAGGCGAACAAGGAUGCACAGAAAGGAAAGAAGUCGAAGAAGGGUGAUUCGUUGGAGGGUGAUGUCAAAUGGCUUAUGGUCAGAAAGGCCACCCCGGACAGUGUCGCCCACUGGAAGCAGACGCUCCGGCAGAGUGAGGCCGCUUUAGCUGAGGAAAGAGCACAAGCAAACGGGCGAUAA